CUGGCAUACAUAGUAUUUGACAAUUUUCCAUAUUUUUGGUUCAUAGAAGUGUUAAAUGUUGCGAAGUUUUAUUAAAAAACCAUCUCCAACAGUUACAAGAACAAAACAUGAAGUUAGGAAUACCUGAACGUUUAUUUUGAGACACGCCAUCUCUUAUUUGUAUGCAGAAAGUUUAACAGUUAACUGUCAGGAGUAUUUCCCCCUCUCUUCGAUACUGAAAAAACAACAUAGCCUCACAUUUAUCGCUGUUUGUGUUUGUUUUUGUUCUUUGUUUGAUUUCACAAAAAAGUGUUUCCAAUGGCGUCCAACGAAGACGAUUUCUGGAAUGAAAGUUCCUCAAGCCAACAAAAUUUCUUUGAUGGCGAUGAUGAAGUUACACCCGAAGAAGAUGUUUUUAGUGGUGUUUCGCAGCCGCAAGCUGUGUUACCAAUUGAUGCGCUUAUUUCCAAGGAGGACCUAAAGAAACUUUUAGACGAUAUGGAUUAUGAGGAGGAGCAAGUGGGGCUUUCGCCUGAGGAUGCUAUCAAGAAAAUGUUUUGUGGGCGGAACGUCCCACUUACCCCAUAUAAGUCUCUUGAAGAUAAAUUGAAAUUGUUAGAUACUGCAAUUGAUAUUGCUGAUGGGGACAGUAUUCUUACCGUACUACUUUUCAUGAAGAAGACUCUAUGUCCCAACAUAUUUUAUACUCAACUGGCGAAACGAAACAUUGCAGUCGUACAGUAUGCCAAUUAUCUCGUAGAUGCUAAUGACUCAGAGGGACUUGUUGAGUUGUUCUUAGCUACUAGAAACAUUUCAUAUAUGAAACAAAUAUACUACUUGUUGGCGAAAGAUGAUUUAAGCCGAGACAGUUUGUUAAAAAAACUGCAGCAGUUUAACGUGAACCACGCGCAUAAUUUUUAUUCGCCUGAAGAGAGAUGGGAAAUUGAGGAGAAUAUAGCAUUUCUAGAAUUUCAGAUUAAGCACAAUUUGAGUAGCAAAUCUGUGAUAGAACUACUAACUAAUUUGUACAUGACGAACGAUAACAGUGGACUCAUAGAUGAGUUCCAGAAACAGUUUAAAAUUGACAGUUUCCAAAGCGAUUGGGUGAUGAUGAGUGUUUGUUGCAAGUUGCAAAACUGGGAUAAACUGUUGACCACAUUUAUCAACAAAAGCGUGUGGGUUAUUAAAAAACGUGUGCUGAAGUCGAGCAUAAGGCCCGAUUUAUUCGUCCUUGCGAUCAGCCGUUAUAAACCACCAGAAAAUAUACUUGAACAGUUCAUAGGCUGCGUAAGCGAUGCGUCGAAAAGGUUAGCCCUGGCAGAAAAAUUAGAUGUACAUACGUACGUUAUUAACUAUUACGUUGAACAAAAGGACAAAAUGGCGCUUUUGAAAUACAUGGAAAGGGUUGAACCUGAAAGCCAGGCGAUGUAUUUGCUCAAAAGUAGCCUCAAUAACCCGGAUAUUAAAUGGAAGAACUGACGUAACAUAGAACAAGUGUUUUUUAUUGUAAAUUUUAUUUACAUAAAUAAACGAAUUUGUUGCUGCGUUUGAAAUAGGAAGAAAUAAUACUGAUACAUUAACAUGUUUUGUGUAUACUCUUAAUACAAAGUCUUACUUAAUUGUUACUUAAUAAAUAACAUUUCUCAUGUGUAAUGC